UCCCCCAGCCAGAGCGACGUCGACUUUCGAACGAAGCGCCAGUGCCAGCGCAAUUUCCUUGCCAUUUCACUAAGAGCGAGAGAGAGAAAAAGAGCAAGAGCGCGCAAACGUUGGGGCGCUAAAAUAACUUCCAAUAACUUCCAGCAGCAGCAGCAGCAUAACAACAAUAACAAAAACGAGUAUACAGUAAGCGCUAGCUAAAAUGUCAUCGCGAAUGUUUAAAUUUGGCGUAACGGCGGCAAGCGCUUGCGUGGGCUCCGUGGUGGCCGCCUGGAGCAUUGAUCGCUGGAAUUCGCCGCAUGUGGUAAACAAUGCAGUGGCCACUCCACCAAAGCGCAAGCGAACGCUGCCACUGCGUGCUGAACAGAUUAAAUCGCUGAUGAGCGGCGAGGAAUUCGAUGUGCUCAUCAUAGGCGGCGGCGCCACUGGUGCAGGCUGUGCGCUAGACGCACAAACGCGUGGCCUGAAGACUGCCCUAGUCGAGCUGGAUGACUUCGCCAGCGGCACAUCCUCGCGCUCCACCAAGUUGAUUCAUGGUGGUGUGCGUUAUUUGCAAAAGGCCAUUUUGGGCCUAGACUUAGAGCAAUAUAGAAUGGUGAAGGAAGCGCUGCAGGAGCGUGCCACCAUGCUGGAAUCGGCGCCACAUUUAACUCAUCCACUGCCCAUCAUGUUGCCCGUUUAUACCUGGUGGCAGGUGCCUUACUAUUGGGUGGGCAUCAAGGCCUAUGACCUGGUCGCUGGCGAUCGCAAUGUGAAGAGCUCCUACCUGCUCUCCAAGAACGAUGCACUCGAGCUGUUCCCCAUGCUGAAGAAGGACAAGCUGUGCGGCGCUAUUGUGUACUACGAUGGCCAACAGGAUGAUGCGCGCAUGUGCCUGGCGGUAGCCCUAACGGCAGCACGUCAUGGCGCCACUGUGUGCAAUCAUGUGGAGGUGAAGGAACUGCUCAAGAAGCCCGAUUCGAAAGGCAAGCUAGUGCUCUGCGGCGCCAAGGUCAAGGAUCAUAUCUCUGGCAAAGAGUUUACGGUCAAGGCCAAGUGCAUUAUUAAUGCCACUGGACCGUUUACCGACUCCAUACGCAAAAUGGAUGAUCCCACGGUGAAGAGCAUCUGCUGCCCCAGCUCGGGCGUGCAUAUUGUGCUGCCUGGCUACUAUAGCCCCGAUCAGAUGGGUCUCUUGGAUCCCUCUACAUCCGAUGGACGUGUUAUUUUCUUCCUGCCCUGGCAAAGGCAAACUAUUGCCGGCACCACCGACUUGCCCUGCGAAAUAACGCACAGUCCCAAGCCCACCGAGGAUGAGAUACAGUUUAUUCUGAGCGAAAUCAAAAACUAUCUGAACGCGGAUGUUGAGGUGCGUCGCGGUGAUGUGCUCUCCGCCUGGAGCGGCAUACGUCCGCUGGUGUCUGAUCCCAACAAGGACGACACGCAGUCUCUGGCACGUAAUCACAUUGUGCACGUAAGUCAAUCCAAUCUGAUCACCAUUGCUGGCGGCAAGUGGACCACCUACAGAGCCAUGGCGGAGCAUACUGUGGAUGCGGCCAUCAAGGCCUGUAAUCUGAAGCCUGAACGCGCCGAGGCAGUUACCUCUUAUCUGAAGAUUGAGGGUGGUCAGGGCUGGACACCCACCAUGUACAUUCGUCUGGUGCAGGAUUUCGGCCUGGAGUGCGAGGUAGCCCAGCAUCUGGCCAAGUCAUAUGGCGAUCGUGCUUUUGCCGUGUCCAAAAUGGCCUCGCUCACUGGCAAACGCUGGCCCAUUAUUGGCAAUCGCAUUCAUCCCGAGUUCCCCUACAUUGAUGCGGAAAUUCGUUACGGCGUGCGUGAAUACGCUUGCUCUGCUGUCGACAUGAUUGCGCGUCGUCUGCGCUUGGCUUUCCUCAAUGUGCAGGCCGCGUCGGAGGCGCUGCCUGUCGUUGUGGACAUUAUGGGCGAGGAGCUGGGCUGGUCCAAGGACGAGAAGGAGCGUCAGAUUAAGCAUGCUACGGAAUUUUUGGCCAACGAAAUGGGUCAUGCCAUCAACCGCACCUCCAAGGAGAGAAUACCCAUUAAACUGUCCAAGGAGGAGAUUCAGACAUAUGUUAAGCGCUUCCAGCUGAUUGACAAGGACAAGAAGGGCUACGUCUCCAUCAAUGAUAUACGUCGUGCGCUCAAGAGCUUCGGCGACGGUGAUGUCUCCGGCGAGCAACUGCACGAAAUUCUCAAGGAGAUUGAUACCAACAUGAAUGGACAGGUCGAACUGGACGAAUAUCUACAGAUGAUGUCGGCUAUUAAGACUGGCGAUGUGGCUUACUCUCGCUUUGCGCGCAUGGCCGAGCUGGAGGAGGCGAAACACGAGGCGGCUAAUCUGAAGACAAAGAUUAGCGUUGAUCGCUCCGGCGGCGGCUUGUAAGGGACAUGCAAUGGGACUUAACUUAAACCAACAAAUGCACACUUUUAAAUAGCCUUAACUAUUGCUACGAAUGAUAUCAAUCAACCACACACACACGAACUACUUUACUACUUUUGCUGUUAAUAAAGUCUUUGAAACUCUUAAGACAUG